CGCACUUCCGGCAACUGUUCAUACUCAGAGGAAGUUACAACCGUGUAACACAGGUAUUUCAUACGGAAGUGUAAAACAUACUUUGAAGACAACUAUUCGUUUACCUCCUGUCAUUUAAUGGCUUAUCCAGGAUACGGCGCGAUGCCUGGCAUGCCAGGUCAUGGAAUGCCAGGAGGGCACAUGGGAGGUCCCAUGCCUGGGCCCAUGGGAGGUCCCAUGGGAGGUCCCAUGGGAGGUGCACCACCCCAGGGAGGAUAUGCACCCUAUGGUGGAGGCUAUUCAAGUGGAUAUGGUGCUGCACCAGCUGCCAAUGAUCCAAUGUGGGGUUACUUUACAGCCAUAGCAGGCCAGGACGGUGAGGUUGAUGCCGAGGAACUCCAGAGGUGUCUGACUCAGGCAGGUUUCACUGGCACCUACUCGCCUUUCAGCCUGGAUACCUGCAGAAUCAUGAUUGCGAUGCUUGAUAGGGACUUCACUGGCAAGAUGGGGUUCAACGAGUUCAAGGAGCUGUUCACAGCUCUGAACGGCUGGAAGCAGAACUUCAUGAUGUUUGAUCAGGACAGGAGUGGAAGCAUUGAGCCUCAUGAGUUGACUCAGGCUAUCGCCGCUAUGGGUUACCGCAUCAGUCCUCAGGCUCUGAACGCUAUCAUCAAGCGCUACAACAAAGGCGGAAGAAUCUACUUUGAUGACUACGUGGCAUGCUCUGUCAAACUGCGAGCCGUCUCAGAUAACUUCAGACAGAGAGACACCAUGCAGCAGGGAUCUGUCACCUUCCAGUAUGAUGAUUUUAUCCAGUGCACAAUGUCCAUCUAAGUGCUGGUGCCCGUUCCACACUGUGAGGUCAGGGCAUCUGACUGACCAAUCGGUGGCAGGUUCUGGAACAGUGACUUGCAGGAAUGCAAAAUGGUGGCCAGUAAAGACUGAGUGGCCAUGAGCUGCAAUGAGAACGUACCACUGCUUGUAAUGCUUAUCAUAAUGUUUUAGUCUUGUAUAUCACAGGGACUGAGGAGUUGAGGGUGUCAGGUCCACACACACACACACACACACACACACACACACAUACACACAAUAAACAUAGCAUUUAGAUAAUUCCUUCACAGGGGAGUAUAAUAGAUUUCUAUAAUAAAGUUAUGUAUCUUGUACUAAAAAAGGAACUGAUAUGUGAGACACCUAAUGUGCCAUUAUAAUCUCCGAAUGUAUUGUCAAGUAUAUUAAAACCAUUUAUAUGCAACCUCAUAUUAAUGUAAGUAUCAUGGUGGAUAAAUAUGUGUGAGCAGCAUUUACUGUGGGCUCUUUCUCACAGCAGCCAUUUUGACAUGCGUAAGCAGGAAAAGCACAGGUGUUACUCAUCACAUUAACGAUGGCUCUGUUCAGUUCAUGUAAGUCAGGAGAGUGCGACAGUGAACCAGCAUGCGCCCUGAAACUAAAUGGAACCCAGCUCUCGUUAACUUGAUUAUUUACACCUGUGAUUUUUUUUAAAAAUGGCUGCUGUGCAAAAAGCCCAUUAACGUGAUGUUGCAUUGCUUUUACACUGAACUUUAAAGUAAUCAACGUGUAGCUAGUGCUGUAUCUGUCAAUGCUUCUUUUUUUAAUAUAUAUGCGGGAAAUAUUGUGCACGACUUCAAUGGAGCCUGGAAUUAUAGAUGUAUAACGUGAUAACAAGCCAAAGUGACUGUGUGCGGAUAGAAAUUCACUCCAUUAUUAAUGAUACUGAGAGCUUACAUCUUCUAUGUUUAUAUUCCUAGAUUUCUGUUUACUUUUUUCACUUCCAAUAAAGCCAGGUUUUCUACAUAAACACUGCAAUCAAGUGUGGUAGGAACUAUCAUAUUUUGUUACUUCUAAUAAACACUUUUUAACCAGUA